UCUGCUGUGCAGUCCAACAGUCCUGACAAGAGGGCAACGGGGCCGGCCUGUCAACCUGUGCCCAUUCGUUAAUCAUCGCCAGUUCCUGAACCGCGUGACGAAGCAGUCGGCCAUUGGCUGGUGAACUCAGCAGGAACUUUACGUUCUAUACCUCACGGCGUUGUGACUCAAAUGUUCCGAAGGUGAAUGCGCGCAGUGUGUCUAUAAUACGUCUGUCAGGCGCCAAGCCCGCCAUUUUCACUGUAGAGUCCCACGAGCAAACGUCUAAAAAAUUGGGAUUUUUUAUCUGCGCAAGUUUGUUGACUAGCCUUAUUGUGAACACGACCAGGUUUCACACAAUGACAGUGACAAUGUCGCUGCCUGAACUGCAGCUGAUUUUUGCCGUAGUGGCGAUAGUUUUGACCCCAAAAACAGAAGCCAUGUUCACCGUCUUGCCGGCAAACAUAUCUGCCAUCGCCGGGGACACAGUCACCUUCCGAUGUACGGCACACAGCACCCUCGACACCUUGCAGUACUGGUCCAAAGGAAACACACAUUUGAGUUUUGGCGGCGAUUUGGCGGAUAGUCUGGACAACGAUACUCGGUCACGGUACUCCCUGAGCGGAAACCAGAGUGUUGGCGAGUACGAUCUCACGAUAGCAAAUGUCAAGAAAGAGGACGGCGGCCAUUACCGGUGUUCGUACAUCGGCUUGGCGGGAGGCAAGUCCUCACCACCAGCCACCAUGACAGUGUACGUGCCACCACCUGCCAGGUACCCACUAUGUAAUGUGCGGGCAGAGUCCAAGUCGUCCAAGGCCGCGAGCACGCUGUGGCCUGGAGACGGUGCCGAGUUCACCUGCCAGUCUUCGGGCGGCGACCCACCAGCUUUGCUACAGUGGCUGCGGACCAACCGCACCAUCUUGGAACCGCAGCCGUCGAACAUCGUCUACCCCAGGAUACUGCUCCCGGAAGACAAUGGGGUACGCUUCACUUGCGUAGCGACCAGCCCGGCUCUGCGGGAGCCAAGGAGAUGCUCUGUCAUGCCCAUGAGGAUUCUUCCUGUCGUCCAGGUCAGACCCUUGACUCGAAUGAUCAUACCCGGAGACAACGCAACCUUCCACUGCGAGGGUAGUGCUAUCCCUCAUGUGGCCUCGUAUUCGUGGCGCGUCGCUGGCAAGCAUAUCUCCGAGGGCCAGGCCGGGAUUUCCUUUGCUAAUCAGAGGCAACUUUUGACCAUCCACGACGUGAAGCAAGCCCACAACCAAAUUGAGGUCUCCUGUGAAGCUAGCACUUCUACGGGCAUCGCAGAGAGCGCAUCGGUUCAGAUGGUCGUCACGCCCAUAUACGUCCCACCGACUGUCUCAACCGAAGGGAUACGUAUUGAUUUCAUCCCUAGCGUCCCCGCCCUUCCAGACGGCCCAGAAGUCAAAGAGGAAGUCCCCAGCAUCCUUAAGAGCGAUCUCUUCCUGAUCAUUCUCACCGUCUUCGGGGCUCUCGUCGUUCUGUUACUUGUCGUGGCCGUUGUGAUGGGAUGCUGGGCCCUGAACGCCAAAGGGAAGCGACCGCAGACGCAGAGGAGACCACGAGUCGAGUAUCAGGAGUCGACGACAACCGCCCUCGACAUGGAGCCCUUGCCCCUGCCCACCCAGCUGGCAUACGAGCCUCCUACCACCGUGUCCUCCGACCCGAUGGCGAUCCCAACCACGCCAAGUACUGAAGAUCGAGAGCACGCCCCAGGAUACCUCUCUCAGCUGUUGGACAGCACCCGGCUACCCGCCCGGACCGCCUUCGGCGGAUCCUUGGACAAACCAGUGGCUUCUGUCACCCCAACCCCGGGGGUUGCGUCCACGCUACCUCGGACGGGCAAAGUUGACAAGCCGUGCGGCAUGACCAAGCCCACCAUUAAGGAGUGUCCGGCGUCCUUCAGCAUCCCGGAGGAAAAAGAAAAAGGUUAUAAAGUAAGCGACGGAAACGACAAAAAUAAUGGACAUUGAGACAGUAGCGCAGCUCCUGAAAAAUGCUCUACUUGGCUGCAUUCUCUAGGAACCAGCUCUUUGUGUUGACUUGCAAUGUUGACAGUUUCGGGAUUGGGCAGAAUCGUAAUUUUUGCUUUGAUCAGUCGUGAAUGUAUUUUCGGUUAUUCAUGCCGCAUGUUUCGAUGCGACGUUCAACCGUGUCGCACAAUCGCUUCAUUCAUUCUUUGGGGAAAAAAGUUCGUUCAAUAUUGAGCUGGCCUUUGUCUCUCAAGCAAGCAGGCUAGACCUGGGCAAAAUGACUUCAGCAUAUGAUGACAAAAGUUUUGUCGGAAGCUUAUGGUGCCCAUGUAACUUCACACCGAGACCCGUAGACUUUCUUGUAAGAGACAAUAACAGUGACUCAUUGGCUGUCUCUGUUUCCCCAGCAAUUCCACAAAACACUAGAGACCUGAUGAAUGUAUUCCUACUAGGCAGGAAAAUCACCCCUUUUCCGCUAACGAUGCGGUGAAUCAUUGUAGCUCAGCAUUUAACAAUCACAAAAGAAGAUCACCUGGGACAAAGUCGUAUUAUACAAAACAAAUGUAGACACUGACUCACUGACAACUUUAAGAGCAUUCCGCUCGGGUCGCCUGAAGAUGUAGCCAGUUGGUGUUUCCUCAGAGUGCUAGUGUUAGUCAAUGCCAUUUUUGCUCUAAGACAGUUCACGAUUUAAAGUUGCUCCCGUCUUGGUUGUUUUAUUUAUGGGUGAGACCCAGUUUUAAUUUAAAAUGAAAUGCACUUUGAAUGAUAAAAAAUUUUCUCAAAAUCCAGGCAAAAAAACUCAGUCUUUUUUGUGUAGUUUUUAAGUAAGCAGCACAGUGCCCAAGCUUUGAUGUUCAAAUUUCCUGCAGAUAUAUUACCCCCUUUCCCAAAGAUGUAAAAAAUUUCAUUUUGUCACCCUUCGAAUGACUAUACUUUAUAAAUCGAUAUGGUUAUUUUCAUUGGGACUGUACCAGACCUAUAACAAGUGUUUCACAACGCCCAGCAUAACGGAUUUAUUUCACACAAAACCAAUUCAUGUAGCUAGCGAACAGUUUCAGGUUGGAUAAUCAUUUUAGAAGACUGGCAGAUAUGUAGGAGUUUCUUACCCUAAGUGAGACUUCGCUGUCCCCAAUUGCAGGUAGCCUGCAUAAUUCAUGCAAAGGGAAUUACGUUUAGCUUCAGAUGCUGAUAAUAAUGGGGUUGAAAGCUAUGUAUAUAAAAUGUGGUAUUAUUUAUACUGAAUUUCUGUAAGUGAAGACCGAUGUCCCACCAGCCAAACUGUGUCUACUGAUUACGAGUGUAAAAGGUCUUUACUGGUGACAAGAUUAUGAAAACAACACUAAACUUCAGAACUUCCUACUGCGGAGAGCUUUCAGGAGGAGAUUACCCUGGACUUGUUUUCUUUCCUCAUCAGAGUAGUUUUUAAUUCAAAAUUUCAUUCAACAGUGUAAAUAUUUUGUAUGAAAGUAUUCCAACUGCAUUUGGCCAAUUGAGCAGUGUACAUAUUUGUUGGGGUUGUGCAAUAAAGACAAAUAAUAGAAUGAUAA